AUGAGGGUUAACCAAGGAGUCGCUGUUUCGCUGAAAGAUAAAGUUCUCCUCGUCCCUUAUGAAUCGAGGCAUGUGGAGAGAUAUCAUGAAUGGAUGUCCGACCCCCUCCUCCAAGAACAAACCUCAUCUCUCCCGCUCACCCACCCAGAUGAAUACGCGAUGCAGAAAUCCUGGCGGGUAGAUAGGGAUAAAUUGACUUUUAUCAUUUGUUUGCCGCUAACUACCAUACCCUCUCUUACACCGAUCAGUACUGCGGACGAAACAACGACCGGACAAGUACGCAGUGGAGAAGUAGAUACCCCAGAAAGAAUGGUUGGAGAUGUGAAUAUGUUUCUUUCCGACGAUGAUGAAAACGAUGAAAGAGUGUUGGGGGAGUUGGAAAUCAUGAUUGCGGAAAAAGAAAUGAGAGGGAAGGGGUUUGCGAGGAGUGCGCUUGUUACGUUUAUACAUUUUAUCAGGACGCAUGUCUCGGAUAUCCUCUUGGAAUACUCAACUCCAUCCUCUCCAACGAUAACAACCUCUUCAAACCCAAUACCCGCAACAAUACCCCCACGGAACAAAUUGACUCUCCACGCCAAGAUCUCACAAGAGAAUACUGCUUCACUGGCGUUGUUUGAGAGUUUUGGAUUUUGCAAGACGAGGGAGGAAGUGAGUUAUUUUGGGGAGUGGGAUGUUAGGUUGGAGGGAUUUGGAGAAGGGGGAGUAUCGGAAAUAGAGGCAUUGGCGGUUGGGGACGGGUAUCAGGAGUUGAGGUAUGUUGAGGCUUGA